AUGACCCACAUUCUCCAAUACAGUCCCCGUCAAUUUCGUGAUCUUCUUAUCUUAGAAACUAUCCACCAUGUUCCGGUUUUCCGUGCCUAUCAAAAGUAUGCCAGAAAAGUUGGAGAGGAUGCAAUGAGCUAUCAAGACUAUGAGUUUUGGUACAUGAGAUUUCUCAGGGGAGAUUAUAGUAUGGAUUACGAUAGGAGCCAAGACCCGAAAACUCGGUCACUGAUGGAUAUGCCGCUAGAGAUUAUGGAGCAAAUUGCAGGCGGUCUCAACAUUCGUGAAAAAAUGCGCUUGCGAAAAGUGUUCGGAAGCCUUCGAACUUUCAUCGACACGACACCAUCAAAUUUCAUAAAAAUCUUAGUCAGAUUUGAAUCAGAAAGAACAAGACUCUGGUUGGAUGACAGAAACCAGAAGUUGGAUUUACGUCGAUCAGAUAGAGUUGCGGAAUUCGAACAUUUUUCGGUUCUAUAUGAUUCGAAGGCGACAUGGAGUAUGCUCGAGGAGCUUAAGGAUGAUGACUGUCUCGUUCGUGUUCAUAGACAUCGGGAUAAGAUAGUCCCCAAGGCGAUUCACUGGGAAAUGGCUAUGUACAAUAUGUUUUUUGCACUCAAGAAUCAGAAACAAGUGCUGGAAGAGAUUUCCAUUGAGAACAAGUCAUUGGGCAACUUUGAGGAAUUCGAGACAAGAUUGAAGUGUCUGAAACGGAAAAUUCGUGUGAAGAAAGUUAAGAUUAUCACACAUUACUCUAAUGAAGAGAGUAUGAUUUUACCAUACAUCGACCCGGUGACUAUUGAAGAAUUGGAAAUUGAGAUGAAAGACUGGAAAGUCGAAUUGAAAUCAGAAGAGGAUAACAAGGAGAGAAUUCGGAAGAUUAUGGAGACGGAGGUAUGGAAGAAAGCAGAGAAUCGAACUUUGCAUUGCCACUCGAAGAUUGAUUUUCCAUUUGAAUUAUUGAUGGAUUGUCCGAAGUUCAAUCUCAGGUUGGAGCACAGUGCCAGGGAGCGAACGACUAUACUCACCUCACAAGUCCAACAAUGUGUCCAACUGAGCUGUCCAUCUGUUCCGUGGGAAUGGAUUAUGUGUUUACUGGAAAGAGAAUUUGAUGCAAUUGAAAUCAACUCGUUCUUCUAUCAUAUUCCCAUUCCAAAUAGUCAGCAGUACUUUGAGAUCAUGUUGCAUUCGAGAGAUAUCAAAAUCACCAGGGUUGAGAAUUGA